AAAAUGAACUGCGUGGCAAGGUUGUCUGGGUGACAGGAGCUUCAAGUGGAAUUGGAGAAGAAUUGGCUUACCAGCUAUCAAAGAUAGGAGCCUUGCUUGCCAUCUCAGCAAGAAGAGAGGAUGAGCUGGAAAGAGGGAAAAAGAAAUGCCUUCAGAUGAGCAGCUUGAGUGACAAAGAUAUCCUUGUUCUGCGUCUUGACCUGACUGACCGAAGCUCUCAUGAAGCUGCAACCAACAGUGUUCUUAAGCAUUUUGGCAAGAUUGAUGUUUUGGUCAACAACGGUGGACGUUCCCAGCGCUCUCUGUUUGUGGAUACAAACCUGGAUGUCUACAGUGCCAUAAUGGAACUCAACUACCUAGGUACAAUCUCUUUAACAAAACAUGUCCUGAAUCACAUGAUCCAAAGGAAAAAAGGAAAGGUUGUUACUGUGAGCAGUGUGAUGGGUAUCAUGGGAGCUCCUCUUGCCUCUGGGUACUGUGCCAGCAAGCAUGCUCUGCAGGGUUUUUUUAAUUCUCUUCGGACUGAGCUGACUGACUACCCUGAGAUAAGUAUCAUCAACAUAUGCCCAGGGCCUGUACAGUCUAAGAUUAUACAAAAUGUCUUUACGGAGAAUCUUGCAAAGUCCAUAGAGAACAGCGGUGAUCAGUCCCACAAGAUGCCAACCGACCGCUGUGUCCGGCUCACCCUGGUGAGCACAGCCAACGACCUGAAGGAGGCUUGGAUCAGCGACCACCCCUAUCUGGCCGUUUGCUACCUCUGGCAGUAUGCACCCACUUGGGCUUGGUGGCUGAUGAACAGGAUGGGCAAGAGGAGGAUACAGAACUUUAAGAGCGGGGUGGACGCUGAUGCCUCUUACUCAAGAAAGAAGAAGUAAGGACAAAUGUGUACAAAAUCCUGCUUGUGCUAAGGCUGAGACACUUUUUUCAUAUUGCGUGACUGCAAACAAAAGCUUUUUUUUAUCUGUUGUGCCUUUGUCAUCAUGUAACUUGACAAAUCUAUCAAGCUGUAUACACACUUGACUAAAUAAAAAUCUCUUUCUAAACAUACCUG